CCAAUUGUUAAAGGAUUUUACAACGCCAUCUGGGGGUGAACGGUUAUCGUCAUCUGGCAACACUGCGUGCAACUUUAGAAUUUCUAAUAUUUAUUUCUUGUUGUUCAUAUUCUGUAAUAAUUUAUUUUUUGAUGCAUUUUGCAUCUUCAUAGUGUUUCAUCUUAUGCAGAAAAAAGAAAAUGUCUCUGGCAGAAAAUGUAAACACAGAUUUUCUUCCAAUUAUUUAUGAUGUAAUUCGUAGCAUCGAAAAGGAAAUGUUUGAAAAUGCUCAGAAACCUCAAGAAUCUGUUGAAAGUAGCUUGAAAAUUCCUGAAUUUAGAACGAAGCUCCAACAAUGCCGCGAGCAAAUUCAAAAGCUCCCUGGGGUUGAUUAUACUAAAGAAGAACAAAUAAGGAGGUUGGAUGCUCUCCGAGAACAACUAGUGCAAAAAAGGGAACUGUUACUUAAGUAUAAAAAUAUGUGCCAUUUUGAUAGUCCAAAAAUAUAAAAUUUACCUUUAUAAAUUGUCUUUCUCUUUAUUUAUAUAUAUAUAAAUAAAUAUUGUGAUAUUCUCUUCUGUGCAAAUCGCUAACCUUUUUUUUUAACAUGUUAAUCCAAAGAAUCAAAAGUUGUUACAAUGUUGCCAAUUUCUAUCUAAAAAGUGUGAGACAGUUUUGUUUCUAUGACAAGAACUUUGAAAGUUUCAGAAAUAAAGCAGAAUACAGAAAUUUAGUUGUGCAGCCAGUUCCAGAUUUAAGUCAAAGCAAGAUACAAGUAACUUCUGGAUUGCCUUUUGCAACAAAAGCGGAUGAUGGUUUUUUUUACCAUCUUCUGCAAAGGGAAAAUGUCAUGAAAUUGUCACCAUUGCAAGUAAAAGAAAUUUUGAGUGUGCUUGCAAAUAGCAAAUUUGAUGCAAUAAAAUAUGCUUCUGUUCUCAAGUUCUUGGAUGAAAAAUGUGCAUUAAGUGCUGAAAGAUGGCCUUUGGAUCUUUCUUUUUAUAUCCUUGAUGCUUGGCUGAUUAUUUUGGGACAAAAAGCCUUCAGAAAACAUUAUUAUUCUGCUAUUACUAGCCAAUGGAGUAGAAAAAUUAAAAAAUGUUCUAAGUCUAAUUUGAUAUUGGUGCUUUAUUUUAUUGGAAUGAGUAAGUCUGUACAACCUUUUUUAAUGGAUUCAGUUUUAGAUCGCAUGGAAAAUAUUUUAUCAGAGUUGAGUGAAGAAGAAAUAGCCCUAGCUUGUCUAAGUUUCUUUAAAUGCAGCAAAAGAGUAAACUCAGUUCCUUUUUUGCAGCGAUCUUGCCAAGCUGCAAUGCACCUCCUUCAAAAGAACGACCAAUUCAACGCGAUCAGUGUCCUCAAGUGUUUACGUCUUUCACAGUAUUACGAUGAGCAAUUGUACGAGAGUGUCGAAAGUUACGUUAUAAAAAAUUGCUCCACUUUUAACAUGGUAGUGUGUAGCAAUUUUCUCGCCUUGUUCGCAACACAAAACAUUUACUGUGGAGAACUUUUUAAUGUUUUGGAAGUGCAGGCCAUUGCAGCAUUAAAUGAAGAAGUAGGUACUGAAAAUUUAAAGACCCAUCCAUCCCUGAGGAGCCGCGUAAAGGACUUAGCUCGCUUUCUGUGGGCUCUGACCACAGUUGGACAUCCUGUAAUGGAAGAUACUUUGACGUGCCUCACACGCCAUAUUGAAAAACGCCUAAAACUGGGUGAAUAUGAAUCACAGCUUCCAGUCUUAGUGGAUACUUUGCAAUCUUUUGUGCUUGCCAAUCACUACCCAGUGGAUAUUUUUUCAUCAGGUUUAAGUCAAUCAACAUUUAAAAGGAUUUAUAAUGGUGAUAAAGCAAAACCAAAAUAUCAGUUAUAUUUUGUUGGAAGGAGUGUCACGAUAGAAUGCCCAGAAAUUUCUACUCUUACCUCAAAUGCGACCCAUCCUAUCCCAAAGCAACUGGAAAAAGAAAUCAAAGAGAGGAGAGGAUUUGAAGAAAUUCUAGCUUUUUUAAAUCGUAGAUUUCCUGCCAGCCUUAUAAGAAGCUGUUAUAUUAUGCCCCACAUUAUGAUAGCAGGAAUAUUUUUUUCCUCAAAAGCUCACACGCCAAGUGCUAGUGUUAGUCAUAAUCCAAUGCUCAAUAGUGUAAUAUCCAAGCAAGUGCAAGACAUUAUCAAAAAAUAUGAGGAAUGUAUUUGUUUUGAAAUAUUAGAUUCCUCGGUCUGUGCAGGUAAAAAUGAUCAGGUUAUAGGGCUAAUGCAGACAAAGAUUCGUCAACUUAAAAAACUCAAUUUCAAAGUGGUUGCCCUUUCAUUAGAUGAAAUCAAUAAAAUUAUACAGGCAAAUAUCCCCGAUGAUUGCGACAUUAACAAAUUGUUUCAGGAAAAUUUUGUUUAAAUACUAUUCAUGUUCAUGGUUAUUGUUUGAAUACGUUUUCAUUUUUGGUAUAAGUAAAGUUUUAUUUAUGCUUCUUAAGCCCCUUUUUUUAGUGCUUUUAAAAAUGUAAUUUUAUUUAGACAUACAAGGUUAACAAUUGUGCGUAGUUAAUCUAUUAACAUAAUGAUAAUAAUUUCUACAGUUCUUAUUUGCCCCUAUAUCUUUAAUUAAUGUAUGUUUUGUAAAAAACUUGGUAUACUUUUGCCCUCAUUUAUUAAUGAAAAUACGGAAGAAGAUCUAUGUAGCGCAAUUCUCUGUAAUCCACAUUAAUUUAACAACAUUAUAAGCAAACCUGAAUUGAUAAAUUUGUUUGUUUUUAGUUCUUAUGCUCUUGAUCAUGUAGUGUUAAUGAUAAAUACUAAAAUAUGUAUUCUUAUGUUUUAAACUAUUUGUUAUUGAAAAUUAUUUUGAAGUAUUAAUUUUUAUCCAUUCCAGAUAUAAAUAUAUAUAGUAUACUCCUGAUUUCUAGAAAACCUUGUUAUGUCAAAAAAAUAUUUUUCCGCUUGGCAUUACAUAUCCAUCUAAUAUUAAUUUGAAUUACUAUGAUGAAGAGUUUUUUCUCAAAACCUCGUUAUGUCAAAUAUUUUUUGAAAUAGAAAAGGACUUUUUUUCCAAUUCUUUUCUAACCAUUCUUUUCUAGACCAAUUCUUUUCUUUUUGACAAUUCAAUAUUUGUGUUAUAAAGAUAUGUGUGUAAUAGAUGUGGUAAAAUAUAUGAAUUUAAAUAAUGAAUAAACACAGUGGUAUAUAUUUUAAGUCGGAAGAUUUUCUUUCAUAAUACUGUAUUUAAUAUUUAUAUUUUGAUCAUAGUAGUUAUUUUAAAAUUAAGAGAGGGAAAAUAUGAAAACAAAGUUGUGUAAUUUGCUGUAAUCUUUAAAUGUAUUUUAUUGAAUUUGUCUAAGGUACAUGAUUGUUCUAUUAAUACCUUUAUUUGAAAAAAAGUGUUAAUAAAAGUAUUUUAGAUAUGAA